AUGAGUCAUCAAUUUUCUCCACUGAUAUUGGAAAAAGUCAAAGAGGGUGUAUUGAGUGUUUGUUUCAACACCUUUGAUUUUCUAUUGCUCCGAAGAGCAAAUUCUGAAAUUGUCAUUUCGAAAAUUAUUCUAGAAUUUAUUGAAAGGAAUGUUUAUCCAUUGAAGAAAGUGAGAAAAUUAGUUAAAAAUUGUUUUAUCUAUUGUUCAAAAUAUUCUCAGAGAAAAAUUAUUUUAUUCGAUUGGCUUUUCUAUUAUCCUCUGCUAGAGAAUACAGCAUGGAAACAAUUAGAAAAUAAUUUGGUCAAGUUAUUUGGCUCUGGAAUUUUUGCGAUAGAAAUUGAGCCAGGAGUGCUCUAUAUGAAAGAAACCAUCAAAUAUUGUUGUAGACCAUACAUGAGCGUUGAGAGUUGCUUAUUGAGAAGAUGCAACAACCCCACAAAUUAUUUUCAGAAAAUUGAAAGUACAAAUCUGAUAGACUAUGACAUUGUUGCCUAUUUAUCUAGGAAAGUUAUUGAACAAAUUGUGAACGUAGAGGACAGCAAAGAGAGCUUUGAGCAAAACAUUCGAAAACACAUCAAAAGAUCUCAACACGAGCUGAAUGACAGAGAGGGGAAGUUUCUGGAUAUCCUAAUUCACACCUUGUUUUCAGAGCUAGAAUUUAAAAAACAGCCAACCAGACAAGAAAAGAUAAUGAAGUUUAUUAGUGAGUGGCAAGGAAAUGCAAAGUUGGAAAUCGUUAAACAGAUGAAUUUGGAGAAACAAAAACAGUCGACAGAUAAACUUUAA